GCCUGUGGGUCACCCUCUGGCCACUUGCCCCAUGUAACCUCUGACCUCUCCUCUGUCUCCCGCAGCUUAGUGAUGACGCAGCAGAUGCAGAACCUGCAGCUCUCUGGUUCCACGAGGAGUUGCUGCCCCGCCUCCCCCAACGUGGCCAAGCGCUUCUACCGCAACCUGUCCAACAAGUUGAAGACCAGCCACUCUUCACUCGAUGAGAUGUGUCAGACCACAAAGUGUGAGAGGGAGCGGCCCCGGGGCGCGGCACUGGUGAGUCACGUUUACUGCCACGUGUACCGGGGUACAAGGAACAAGACUAAGCCACAAGUGGACGUGCAGUGCAACGAGGCGCUCUUCGACGCGGUGGAACACCAGGACCAGCAGGCAGUGUGGCUGCUGCUGAACCAGUGCGAGCUGGACAUCAACGCGCCACACUCUCAAGGACUGACUCCGCUCGAUGUCGCCCUCAUGACCAACAACGGCCCGAUGGCUCGUGCCUGCUGCGGGCCGGCGCCCUCCAGAGUUUCCCACUGCGCUGGUGCCGAGGGCACGGCGGGCCGAGUAGAGACGCUGGUGGAGGAGGCGAGGGAGCGGGUGCUGGAGCUCCGCUCUUUGCCACUGACAGAGGCCGACGCCCCCCACACAGAGGCCCAGAGGCAGCUGGCAGCCUGGGAGUGGAGGUACCGGCUCUACACAAGCAUGAAGACCGCCUUUGAUCUUGCAAGGGUACCAGAUCCACCCAGCAAUGUGCGCCUCUCCGUGACCAGCAGUGCUUCCCUGACCGUCUCAUUCCAGGAGCCGCGGUGCGCCGUCGCCGCUUCCGCCGUCGUUACCGGAUACAAAGUGGAGUGGAGCCCCCUGCAGGAUUUCUCAGCCCAGUGCGGGGAGAUGACGGUGGAUCCGGACAGCGAGAGUUGCCACAUCUCCAACCUGCGGACGGGCGAGGUGCAUUAUGUCCGGGUGUCCGCAGCGAACAUCAAGGGUUGGGGACCUCCUCAAGCUGCCAGUCCCCGCAGCGCCGUUCCAUCAAAUUGGAGACAGGUGGACGGGAGGCGGCCCCGUCUCGAGGGACAGAUCCAGCUGCUGGAACAUCUGCUGCAGCAGGAGCGAGCUCGGCAACAUCUGUACAGCUGCACAGUUCCUCUUUCAGAAAACUCCAAGCUGCGAAACUCCAGCCGGAAGCAGUCGAUGUCACGCAGCCUGAAACAUCUCUUUCACUCGUCAACCAAGUUCGUGAAGACAUUGAAAAGAGGUGUCUACAUCGCCGCCGUCUUCCAUCACAAAGACCACGUGCUGGUGACGGGCGAGGAGCAGCUCCCCCUAGUGGAGGUGGACGGCGCGCAGUCGGGCUGCCCCGCGCAUGAGUUCCUGUGGUUCAGCAAGCUGUCAUACGCCUGGGAAGAGGUGGACUGGUUACGGCAGAAGCUGUCAGCAUCCACGUCCUCCUCCACUGCGCUGCAGGCCCGCCACAGGAUGCUGACUGCAGCGGCCCAGCUACAGGCCUUGCUGGGCACCCAGCACCUGGGCAGAGUGCACUACGAACCCAUCAAGGACCGCGAUGGCAACGUGCUGCUGGUAACGGUGAAGGAGGUGGAGGCACCGAACACCUGGGCGGGCGGCAGGUGGAUGCCCAUCGCCAGGUUCCAGAGCCACAGGAAGUCGCUGUCCACCCCAGAACAGCCAACUGCUCUGGACAUCUUACUCAUUACCCUGCAGGACGUGCUAAACUACCAGAAGCGGAGUGAGCUGCCCCUGAGCCCCGGCCUCUACCUGGCUUAUCUGAAGGUCAGCAGCUCGGUGGACCAGAUCAAGGUGCUGGUGCCGGCCCGGCAGCCCAACGUCCUGUGCCACGCCAAGGUGCGGGACACCGCCAACGUGACCAGGGAGGAGUGGGAGUGGCUGCAGCGGACGGCAGGCGAUGGGUCGGAGGCUGCUCCAGAGGACUGCACCCAUGCACAGGGGCCGUUGUUCUGCAUGGAGCUGCAGGCUGCACUGAAGGCACUGCUGAGGCAACUCAACCUCCCGCUGCAUCAGGUACACACGCGCAGAUGGUUUCCGUGUGUGUACAUGCACGAGGUGCUGGAACUGGGGGCCGACGUGUCGCUGCUGCUGGUGCUGCCCCCUGUGCCGGUGUGCACCGCCCCCGGACAGGGAACCCCUUACCCCCCUCACUCCACCUUCCUCAAACUGCCCCUGCAGAUGUUCGAGCUGGCUCACUUCCACACGUACCAGGCGGAGUUCAUGGGGCUGUACGGCCGCGUGUCCGCUCUGAUGGAGGUCAGCUCCCUGCUGGCACAGCAGGCCCUGAGAGAGGCCCUCAGCGACCAGGAGCUGAGCUCAGCCAAGCACAUGGACCACGAGGUGUCUCUGUCUCUCCAGCAGUUGGACACGUUGUGGCGGGACGUGCGCUGGAUGUUAGACGCUCUGACCUACGCCCGCUACAAGCAGCGCUCCGGCAGCCUGUCCGUCUCCCGGCUCCUGGCUCCGUGCGACGGGGGGGUCUCGGCAGCACCAUCCCUCUGCCCCCAUCCGGACCUCCUGCCCUCCCCCACCCCCUCUCCAGAGAACCGGCACUGGCGGACAGAGAGCGGCGGGUGGCGCGCCUCGGACGACGACAGCGGCUCCGACGUCUUCCUGCCCGCCGACAGCGACUACGACUCGGGCGAGGCGGUCAGUCCGCGGGACCCCGACGUCCCGGCGCUUUCACAGCCCGGCCUGAGCGCCGGUGUCCAGCACAGCCUGCGGCCGAGGGAGCGGGGACCGCUCUACCGCCAACACCGGUGUCGACAGCCGCAGCGGGGCGCGUUGAGCCCGGGUCUGUCCACACUGAGAGCCAGGCCCGCCACGGACACUUGCUCCAGUCCCGGGCCGGGCAGCGAGGGUUCCCGGCAGGAGGACAGUGGCCCCUGGCCGGAGCUGGAGCCGAGCACUCCCCCGGGCCCCGACACCAUCAGCAGUGUCCUGUAGCAGGGCCCGGGGCCACUGAUCCACGACAACAGCGCGGGGCCGCCCCCGCGGGUCUCUGGCUGUGAGGCGUGGGGCCCACUCGC